UUCAAAUUUAUAGGUAAAAGUAAAGAGGCCGAAGUGAAGCGCAUUAAUAAGGAACUCGCCAACAUUCGCAGUAAGUUCAAAGGCGAUAAAACACUCGAUGGCUAUCAAAAGAAGAAAUAUGUGUGCAAGCUGUUGUUUAUUUUUCUACUGGGGCACGACAUCGACUUUGGGCACAUGGAGGCGGUCAAUUUACUCUCUUCGAACAAAUAUUCUGAAAAACAAAUUGGUUAUCUAUUCAUUUCGGUUUUGGUAAACACUAAUAGCGAUUUGAUACGCUUGAUUAUACAGUCAAUCAAAAAUGACUUGCAAUCGCGCAAUCCUGUACAUGUGAACUUGGCUUUGCAGUGUAUCGCUAAUAUUGGCAGCCGGGAUAUGGCGGAGUCUUUCUCGAAUGAGAUACCAAAAUUAUUGGUAUCGGGUGAUACAAUGGAUGUUGUUAAGCAAUCAGCUGCACUUUGUCUUCUUCGUCUGUUCCGUUCCAGUCCUGACAUAAUACCAGGAGGAGAAUGGACUUCCCGUAUUAUACAUUUGCUCAACGAUCAGCACAUGGGUGUGGUAACUGCUGCUACUUCAUUAAUUGAUGCGCUUGUUAAGCGCAAUCCAGAGGAGUACAAGGGUUGUGUUAAUCUGGCCGUGUCUCGUCUCUCACGCAUUGUCACUGCCAGCUACACGGAUUUGCAGGAUUACACAUACUAUUUUGUCCCAGCGCCGUGGUUGUCUGUGAAACUUCUGCGCUUGCUGCAGAACUAUAAUCCAGUAACAGAAGAGCCGGGAGUGCGUGCGCGGUUAAAUGAAACACUCGAAACUAUUCUGAAUAAGGCGCAAGAGCCACCGAAGAGUAAAAAGGUCCAACAUUCAAAUGCCAAGAAUGCAGUUUUGUUCGAGGCUAUCAAUUUAAUCAUUCAUAGCGACAGUGAGCCAAAUUUGUUGGUGCGUGCUUGCAAUCAACUUGGACAAUUUUUGAGUAAUCGUGAGACAAAUUUACGUUAUUUGGCUUUGGAGUCAAUGUGCCAUUUGGCCACAUCGGAGUUCUCACAUGAAGAGGUGAAAAAGCAUCAGGAAGUUGUCAUCUUGUCUAUGAAGAUGGAGAAGGAUGUUUCGGUGCGCCAAAUGGCCGUGGAUCUGUUGUAUGCGAUGUGCGAUCGAGGCAAUGCUGAGGAAAUCGUGCAAGAAAUGCUGAACUACUUGGAGACGGCUGAUUACUCCAUACGCGAGGAAAUGGUGCUAAAAGUAGCAAUUUUAGCAGAAAAAUACGCCACUGAUUACACUUGGUACGUGGAUGUCAUUCUCAAUCUGAUUCGUAUUGCUGGCGAUUAUGUUUCAGAGGAAGUCUGGUAUCGCGUUAUACAAAUCGUUAUCAAUCGAGAGGAAGUACAAGGUUAUGCAGCAAAAACUGUAUUUGAACUCGUCUUGCGAUUGUACUUUGCCGCGAUAAAUACUUGA